AAAUAGGCUACGACUUUCAGUUUGUAUCGACAAGUUACGUUGAACACUACAUAGCCAUAAGCAAAGCCAUAAGCAUUGACACUGCACUGGAAAUGUUGUCCUUGUGGCACUGCCAUGUCGAACUCGUACGGUACACGUUGACAUACGGGCGUUUGAUUUUGUUAAAUUUCUGGGGCUUAUUUCUGUGGAUUUUGCUGUGAGCCUCAUUGCCGACAAAAAGCAGCGAUGACGAAUGCUUACUCCUUCGAUGGUUUGAUCAUCUUUGGACUUCUAGUCAUCUGUACCUGUGCCUACAUGAGACGGGUACCACGUCUCAAGCAGUGGUUCUUGUCAGAGAAGAAGGGAUUUCUGGGUGUCUUCUACAAAGCGUCCAUCAUUGGAACAAGGUUACAUCUUGCUGUAGCUGCUUCCUGUGUCUUGAUGGGGUUUUACAUUUUGUUCUUAAAGUGAACUGGAUUUGAAACAGUUGCAAAACAAUCAUGAAAUACUUCUGAAAUGGAUAGACAAGGUUGCUUUGCUGCCCAAACAAAGCUCAGAAAGUUGGAUAAGAAUCCAUUCCACUGAGGAACUUCACUUGAGUGAGAUUGAUGGAAGUUGUCAGACUGGCUUUGGUGAACCUUGCAGGCCUAGCCAUGGAUGAUUUAAGGACCAUAGACUAAACUGAUCAGAAAGAAAUGGCCUUGGAUUACAGAAGCUGUUGGGCCUGGGCUAACCUAACCUUGAAGAUGAACUUGAUACAUGGGACCUACAUGCUGGUCACUGUGGAGAGGGUUCAAGGAUGGAUUGGUUGUAAUGAGCCUAUGUGUACUUUGGAGAAGCCUUGCGCUUGUGAGUUGAUGCAGUGAAACACCUGGUAAUUGGCCUCAUUCAAUUAAUAUUGCCUUGCCUUAAGUUUCUCAUUGUGAAAAACACUCUUGCGUUAUCUAUUGCAUGGUUCAGCAGAUGUUCUCGUUGGAGACGAUUGGUCCAGAGAUGCCAGGCCAUUUCACAGCUUGAAUUUGUUUGAGCGACCUUGUAUUUGGUCUUUAGUUUUCAAAUUCAGAGGGACAAGUCACUGGCAGAACCAGGCAGAGCCAAGGGAUGUGGAGGCUUUUUUCAAAAUAUUUUCUGCUUUUUUUCUCUCAAAGUUGCUUGUCAUUUUAAAGACACACUGUUCACCUUUCCAACUCCAGUAACGACCAAUUCUAAAGUAGUGCACUGAGCGCAUGUGACAUAGCAGUCAUCGUUUUUGGAAGUGAAAUCGAUGUAACUGUACAGGUUACUUAAUAGACGUAACUACCGAAAGACAAAAAAAUUGGCCUGAAAAUAUUUUAUAUGCAAUGAAUAAAUACCCUUAGACAUAUCAGCUGUAUGUUUUGCUCAUGAGCCUAUCACAUGACCAUUCUUAAAUGCUUGAUAAAACACUGGCUCUUUGGAAGAACAUGCUAUAACAUGUCGGGGGGGUGACAAAUGAAAACGUAAGUGAACAGAAUUGUUUAAACUUGGAAUUGCUUUGACUCUAGCUGAGAAGGUAUAUAUGAAUGGUAAUCUGCCCUGAGCAGAAGCACCCCCUCAUUGGUUGAAAAGAGCCAUGUUGGUCAGAAGUACUCACUUUGUUGGUAGCAAUGCCACAAUAAUACAUUCAUUCCAUAGUCGUUUGUGAACUGGCAAAGCGCAGUUCGGACCAAAGGUGCCUGCGUUAAUUGGAAAAUUGCGCCCUCUCUUGGUCCAGUUCAGCACUCCUGCAUAACCAUGUAUUUGUCCAGUCUUGGGAUCAGGAAGAUGGAGGUUGAUACAUGUACUAAUGUCCUUUUCCACUGGCUCAUCACGUCCUGUGUCACCUCACAUAGUUUGUGCCACGGUCACACCAAUAUCCCAUAUGUGUGUGUGUGACUGCUUGUGAGAUGUACGUACAGCAACACGGCUUAUUUAAGUUAAAACCUUUUGACUUUGCAACUCAAUAAAUAAAUGCUUGGCUAGGCCAGGCAGCAGAAUA